AUGAACCUUAAUGAGUUUCUGAAGAAUGUUUUGAGUGUCGAAGAUAAUCAACGAAUCAACAAUGGAUCCUCCCUUGAUUACUCCGAACUCACCCAACUUGCUUCUGCUUCAUUUUUGCCUAGACAAUUAAGCCUUACAUUCACCAAGGAUUUAACCAAGAAGACAAUCGAUGAGGUCUGGAAAGAUAUCCAACAAGAUCAGAAGAAAAAGAAGACUAAUGGUAGUGAGAGUAACAUUAAUAAUACUAGUAGUUGUAAGAGACAAGCUACUCUUGGUGAGAUGAAACUCGAGGACUUUUUAGUCAAGACAAGGAUAAUAUUUAAAUCUUCUUCUCCUGGUAAGAAAAAACAUGAGCAGAAUCUUGAUCCACCAUAA